AUGGGAGUGGUGGGUAGCUCUGCUCAGAAUCCACAAAGUGUGACAUCAUAUCAAGGUAACCAAACGACAGGUCCAUCUGGCCCUUCAUCAGCUGGGUCAACUCAAUCUUCCCAAACAGCUGGACUCUUGACUUCUCCAGCUCAGAUGGCACAACACCAACUAGCUUAUCAGCACAUCCAUCAGCAGCAGCAACAGCAAUUGCAACAGCAACUCCAGAGUUUUUGGGCAACUCAAUAUGAAGAAAUUGAUCAGGUAACAGAUUUCAAGAACCAUAGCUUGCCAUUGGCUAGGAUCAAGAAGAUAAUGAAAGCUGAUGAAGAUGUUAGAAUGAUAUCAGCUGAAGCACCAGUUAUCUUUGCCCGAGCAUGUGAAAUGUUCAUUCUUGAGUUGACAUUGCGUGCAUGGAACCAUACAGAGGAGAACAAAAGGAGGACGCUCCAGAAAAAUGACAUUGCGGCAGCCAUUACAAGGACAGAGAUAUUUGAUUUCUUGGUUGAUAUUGUACCGAGAGAGGAUCUGAAAGAUGAGGUAUUUGCCUCAAUCCCCAGAGAAAGCCUUCCUGUCGGGGGUCCCGCUGAAGGGCUUCCUUACUAUUAUAUGCCACCGCAUCCUGCUCCACCACUUGCAGCUCCAGGGAUAUGUGGCCUCAGCAACCACCACCUCCUCCUCCAGAUUCUUAAACAGAAGUUAUUGCUGAAAAGGGCUGUCUGGAUUUCGAAAAUGCCAGCUAGAAUUCGCAGAGGCAAAGAAUCGAGCAAUAGAAGCGUUGGGAAGCUGUCAUCUAUUGCUGAACAUCAUAGAAAUCUAUUAGAUGCUCUUCCCAAGAUAAGAAGACAGCUCUCUGCGCCAAAUGCUCAUUAUGAUUCUGGCUUGUGGUUCAAUUGCCAUCCUCUGAACCUUGAGUUCAAAUUUUUGUCACAGAAUAGGCUCCUUUAA